GAGGGACGGACACACGGAGGGAGAAGCGAGACACUCGAGCGGCAGAGCUGUUUUCUGGCGAAUCUCUUCUUCGCUGGGGAUAUUUCGACUGCCUCUUUUUGGCGAAAUAAAUAUCACACGCGUUUUCCGAAACCUUUUCACGCGCGCGAGAGCAAGAAGAACUGGGGUUGACUUCUCCCUGGGACUGCGCUUUAUUCUCACUCCGAGAGCUCUCUGGGACUGUAUAAAUCCUCCGACGAAUACCAUGAAAUGUGGUCAGUAUUAAAUCAAGCGUGUCUGUCAAGAAGAAGAAUUGAUCUGAAGUGAAAGACAGGCUGUGUUAACAGCGAAAUUUUGUUGUUUUGCUCCGUGUGAUUUGACCUCUUUCGGCUUCGAGAGGGAAGCGAAAAUAGGCUAUUUUUGUUCAAAGACUGUACACGGACUUUUCGGACUGACUUUGGAGAAAGGUUUCACUUUGGGGAAAACGUGUUUAUGGAUUUGUGCACAGCGAGGAACACCGGGAGUUGUCUGCUACGAUCCCAUGCAUCGAUCAUGUUAAUAUCUCGCUGUUUCUGCAAACUUUGAUUGAUGUUUCCUGAAGAAAAACUCACCAAUAUCGGUAAAAGGUUUAAUAAAUCAGCGUAAUCAACUCGGUUUGACCUCUAGAGGAAGCGGGAAGCGUCUUUUCGCUCUUCCUCGUGUUUUUCUCCCAAGACGUCAGCACGGAUCUCUAUCACUCUCUCUCUCCUGUGAUUUAAACAAAGACCAAAGUGUUUGGGGAUAGCAUGGCAAUGGUAGUAAACCAGUGGCCAGAGAACAUUUCUGCAGAUCCGGGCUCACAGCUCCAGAUUUGCGGACAGGAGCCCGGCGGGGCACCGGGAACCCCUAAUGGUUCCACCCCGGGGAACGAUGCUCUUUCCGGGGAUAAGCUCCCCAACGUGGACUGCAUGGUGUGCGGGGACAAGUCCAGCGGGAAGCAUUACGGCCAGUUCACCUGCGAGGGAUGCAAGAGCUUCUUCAAGCGCUCCGUGAGGCGGAAUCUGACGUACACCUGCCGUGGGAACCGAGACUGUCCCAUCGACCAGCACCACCGGAACCAGUGCCAGUACUGCCGGCUGAAAAAGUGCCUCAAAGUCGGCAUGAGAAGAGAAGCUGUACAACGAGGACGCACAUCAAACUCUCAAAGCAGCCCUGGACAGUACCUGACCAACGGCACUGACCCGUACAACGGCCAACCAUACCUGUCCGGCUUCAUCUCUCUGUUGUUACGUGCUGAGCCGUACCCCACGUCACGCUAUGGAGCCCAGUGCAUGCAGGGAAACAACCUGAUGGGCAUCGAGAACAUCUGUGAGCUGGCGGCGCGGCUGCUCUUCAGCGCUGUUGAGUGGGCAAAGAACAUCCCUUUCUUCCCUGAUCUGCAGCUCAUGGAUCAGGUGGCGUUGUUGCGCAUGUCAUGGAGCGAGCUCUUCGUCCUGAAUGCCGCUCAGUGCUCCAUGCCGCUCCAUGUGGCCCCUCUGUUGGCAGCAGCAGGUCUGCACGCGUCUCCCAUGUCUGCAGAGCGUGUGGUGGCCUUCAUGGACCACAUCCGAGUCUUCCAGGAGCAGGUGGAGAAACUGAAAGCCCUGCAGGUCGACACGGCUGAAUACUCCUGCCUCAAGUCCAUCGUGCUCUUCACUUCCGAUGCAAUGGGUCUGUCAGAUGUCGCCCACGUGGAGAGCAUCCAGGAGAAGUCCCAGUGUGCUCUGGAGGAGUACGUAAGGAACCAGUACCCCAGCCAGCCCAACCGCUUUGGCCGUCUCCUCCUACGCUUGCCCUCCCUUCGAAUCGUCUCCUCUCCUGUGAUUGAGCAGCUGUUUUUCGUCCGCCUUGUUGGCAAGACGCCCAUUGAGACACUACUUCGCGACAUGCUUCUGUCAGGAUCAAGCUACAACUGGCCCUACAUGCCCACUGUGCAGCGCGAUCGGCCGAUCUCCCUCCACUACAAUGAGAACGGGCCCUGAGGUUCAGAGACAGACAAAGACAAAGCUGCCGAAAGAAAUCCAGGCUGAACAUCCAUCCAUACAUCCUUCACUUCCUUUAACUCUCUGCGUUCAACUUUUUCCAGAGGAAGCAUCUCCCUCACCAUUCCACUGAUGACAUACUCCGUUGCCGUCCCGGUUAAACAAACCAGCUAAUCAUUCACCUCAGCCACCAUAGAGACUUGAUGGCUUGUUGCCGACCCUCAGCCGACGGUGCAGGUCUACACUUCAGAUGUGGCAGGAGCUGGACCAGUUGGUAGAACGGGUUAUUGCGCAGUUCACCAGCAGGUCUGUUGGACUCCCUUCAGAUGUCAGUCUCAAACCUCAUAAAUACGAGCAGCAAAAGACAAAAAUUUGCUUUACUGUUGGUGCUAUGCCUACUUUUAGAGGUAUGAGCAUCACAGUAUUGCAAUACCAAGCAAGGGCUUUUCCAAGGACUCAAGAACAAGGAGCAACAAGGCCCCAAUGUACAUUCACCACGUUUUGAAAAGAAAACCAGAAGCCAUUAAGAAAAAAAAGAAAGACAAAUGCCAAAAUGUCUUGGACUUUUGCAGAGGACAUGUUUUAAUGUGUGUGUUUGUAUUAGCACUGUUUAUAUGGAGAGAAAACUCAUGAUUGUGUCCAUAUGUACAGUAUAUCGUUGAUUCAUAGGCAUCUAUAGCGUAUUAGGGUUCAGUGGGAAAAGCUCAGGUUCAAAGGGUGGGUAGACAGACGGACAGACAUGCCAAUAUUAGUAAAAAAGUAAAAGUCAAACCCAGCUAAAUUCACACUUAUCAGCUGCCUGUGCCAAAGCUGAAAAGAAAAAAAUAUUGUUUGGUAUUUUUGUGGGAGUGUUGGUGAUAACAAUAUAAUAUUUGGUUUGUCUAAAAUUGGACUUUUUACUUGUUUUGGGGUCUGAGGGGGAAAAAGAAGUCUGUAAAGGAAAAAUACAACUAAAAGCUUAGGCACUUCAUUGUAAACUAGUCUGACCUACACUUAUUCACUCCUGUACAAUCACAGCACUGGUAGAUUGUCGCUACCUUUUACGCAAUUUGAAUAAGCGUCCUUUUUACUUAUCUAAAAGGCUCACUAAACCCCGUACAUGUUAUCACAGGAGUGACACAACAAUCCUCAGUUUUGUUUAAUAGUUAUGAUUGUCAUUGUUGAAGAAAUUUGGGAUGGGGGGGGCGCAUUUUGCAAAAUUAGCUGUACUUGCCUUAGAACAAAGAUUUUGUCACUGAGCAUUUAUCUUAUGACUGUGCCAUAAUCUCUCGUUACCUGUUAUAACAGGUAUUAUGUCCUGUCAGGAGUGGUAAUGAACCCACGUGAUGUGAAAAAUGAUCGAUCAUGGAGAAACUAACCUGGAGAUGUUCAUAAAUUCGUAGACAUUUUUGAACCUCCUGUGAGUUCUUUUCCACUUCCUGAUGAUAUGUCACGUAGGGAAAUCCCCCUCGACUCAUGUCAUUUGAGCUUAUCGUUCAAUACCGUAGAGAAAACUAUCACUAACCUCUGAAACCUCAGUAUAUGUUACAAUAUAAUCCCAGUUGGACUUAUGACUGUGACUUAG